UUACCUAUGUAUAGACCUUAAUAAAAAAGAGAGAGAUUAUGGAUUACUUGGUCAUGUUGUUAUGGAUUUUGAUAGCAUGGGCAUGCAUCCAUGUUCUGUUUCUUGCAAGAAAGAGAGCAUCUUGUAAUAGCAAGCUCCCACCAGGUCCCAUCCCACUUCCUAUUGUAGGAAAUCUCUUCAAACUCGGUGACAAACCCAACGAGUCACUCACUGAGCUCGCCAAGACAUAUGGCCCACUAAUGACUCUAAGGCUAGGCUGCAAAACCACCAUCAUCGUCUCAUCGGCAAACAUGGCAAAAGAAAUCCUCCAAAAGAACGACCAAGCUUGCACCGCUCGAAAUGCUGUAGACGCCCUUCAUGCACUUAACUUCAACGACUCAUCGAUCGUAUGGUCUCAGCCAACUGAACGUUGGCGAAAGCUACGAAAGAUAUCUACCACACAAAUGUUUAGUGCUGCAAGACUUGAAGCCAGUAAAGACCUUCGAAUCAAGAUAGUGCAAGAUCUCCUCGCCCAACUGCACGAGCAUCGCCGAACAGAACAACCUGUGGUUAUCCGGGAAGUCAUUUUCGUUACUAUAGUCAAUUUGUUAUCAAACACCAUAUUCUCCGUGAAUCUUGUCGACCCCAACUCCAAAUCAGCACAAGAUUUCAAGGAUAUAGUGACAGGAGUUAUGAAAGAAUCUGGAAGGCUGAAUCUCGUUGACUAUUUCCCAAUGCUAAGGGCUAUUGAUCCACAAGGCAUAAGGCGGCGGAUGAUGGAUCAUCUUGGAAAGCUCUUUGAAGUUUUUGAUCGAAUGAUCGAUGAACGAAUGCUGUCUAGAUCAAUGUCAUCUGACCAUCCCAGAAGAAAUGAUUUCCUUGAUGUGCUUCUCGAUGAAACAGAACAGAAUGGCUUGGAAAUUGGCCGUGAUGAUAUUAAGGGCGUACUUGGGGAUAUGUUCAUAGCUGGAACUGAUCCAAGCGCGGCCACCAUAGAAUGGGCAUUGGCAGAGUUGCUCCGAAAUCCAGAUUCGAUGGCAAAGGCUCGAGCGGAACUCAGGGAGACCAUUGGCUCCAGACAAGUAAAAGACUCAGACAUUGCCAGUCUCCCAUAUAUAAAAGCGGUCGUGAAGGAAACCCUACGCUUACAUCCACCAGCUCCAUUCUUCUUUCGUGAUACUAUAGCAGAUGUAGAGAUCGACCGUUUCACCAUACCCAAGAACACUACGGUCAAGAUUAAUGUAUGGUCCAUAGGGAGAGAUCCCAAAAUGUGGGCUAAUCCAUCUGAUUUUUGGCCUGAGAGGUUCUUGGAAAGUGACAUUGACUUCAAAGGUCAAGAUUUCGAGCUCAUACCGUUUGGAUCAGGCCGGAGGAUUUGUCCGGGCUUACCACUUGCAUUUAGGACGCUUCACGUAAUGUUGGCCUCUCUUUUACAUUCUUUCUCUUGGAAGCUUCCUGAUGGGAUGACGCCGAAAGAUAUUGACAUGAGUGAUAAGGUUAGCAUGACUCUUGAAUUGGCCAACCCGCUUCGUGUUGUUCCUAUGCUAGAUGGCUAACAAACGUUCAUAUAUAUU